GCUGCUCGUGUGCCGCCAGGGAUUGUGGGAGUGCCUCCGCGUGAGUAGACAUGGCUACACUGUGUCGGCUUCCUGUUGUGAGCUUACUUGGCUUGAAAGGGCUGUGGAACAGAAGCUUCAAUAUAGCCCACAGAACUUCAAGUUCAAGUAACGCUUCUCAACAGUUAAAAUCUUUCCACUGUUCUCAUGGAGGUGUUCGAGCAGAAGCAGGACAAUCAUUACCAGAAGGACCAGAGUAUAUACCUAAAAGGAAAGCCAAAAACCCAAUGAGAAAAGUCACCCUGGCCUGGAUUAUCGGAUUUCCUUCUGGAAUUAUUGGAUUUUUGUUAGCAAAGCGUCAAGUAGAUAAAAAUCGUGCAGAGCAGCUGAAAAUACGACAGCGGAUGAAGAAGGCCAAUGAAGGCUUGUAUAAUCCUAACCAGUACAGGACACCCUUACAGAGUGAGCGGCCCACUGGACCUUGAGCAUAUCCUGGAGACCCUGCUGAACUUCAUGACUUUUCCUAAGAUAACUCUCCUGGUACACAGCUAAGGUAUUAAAAUACAGUGAAUCAAGUCAAGGCUUUUGUUGAUGUCCCAUAAAUCUCUCAUGCAUUUUGUUGGAAUGUGCAACUGGCAGUAAAGUCCGCAUUUAAACAUGCAAUCUGAAAUGUCAGUGAAAGUGUUUUGAAAUGUUUUUAUAUGUUACACUAAGGGUGUGCUUGGGUGACCAAAAUGUCUUCCAAUAAAACAUUUUUCCCAUUGGA